AUGUCAAAUGUCAAAACAAAAUCGACCGUAGUCUGUCAAAGUCGGGGUAAAGACUUGCACUUUAUUUUGGAGAAAUAUAUUCAGAAAAACAGUUGCUUCCAAUAUCAGGUUAUAAUAAAACACUGGCUCUUCCAAAUAGAUCGACAAGACAACGUUUCACAAUACUGUAACAGCACGCUUGACUGCACCAUGUCACACAGAGAAAGCAAUAUAGAACUCGACGGCUACAUUGACACAGAGUAUUCAUCCGGUGACGCUAACAGAGCGAAAACUAAACAUUAUCAGGAAGAGAACAAUAACGAGAUCAAUGAGCUAUCUAAGGAGCUGUCAGAAAUGGGCUGCAUCGUGGAUGCGGUGAAACGACCCCCCAACGUCUGCAUAGAGACAUGCGUCUACGAUUCGGAACAAGAAGAAGAGAAGACGAAAUCUGUCGAAGAAGAGGACGCUUACUCCGACGAGUUUGAAGAGGAAGAUAAGAGCGAUGGGGAAGUUUCUAUUCGAAGUGUCAAAUCACAACAUAUAUCUGGUAGCGAAAACAGCAAAGGUCUAAUGGUGCCGUCUUCCAUAAAACUUUCUAAAAGUCAGUCUUCUAUGUCACAUAAGGCCCCAGCUUCUGUAUCAGGCAGAUCUAGUGCUGCUUUUGGAUCGGUUUCUGUUCCAUCGACACGAAGGAUAAACAUGUCCUUUUCAAAUGAAAGGUUGCGAGAGAUCGAACGACACAACCACAUACUGUUAACGAAGAUUUUGAGCGCGAGAAACAGUAAGAAAUCUUGUAUACCGGGUAGGGAUCAGCCACCCAGAAGAGCUAUGCCCUCAGCUGCGGUUUCGAGAAAAAAUCAACAAAGACAGAUAGAUCGAGAAAAUAUGAUUUUGCUGAAGAAGAUUCAACGCGCUAAAUCAUCAGUAUCGAGUAUGCGCCGUUGAUACAGAGGCCGCGCCCGGUGCGCGGGCGCCGCGUUACGUUUGUAUGGGCACGAUCGUG